CAUACGUUUUGUCGUGUUCGGUGUGUUUAUCUAUGUUCCUGUAACGGAUCCAUUUUAUCAUGGAGGAGUACGGAAUGAAAUUGUUAUCGAUGAAGCUGAUCCUAAUUUUCUUCUUCUUUUCUACUCCAGUCAUCGUAAAAGGCGAGGGAGGGCAAUAUUUUCGCGUGAGGCCGAGAAACAGCUCUGUCCAGGAAGGCCGUGACGUAACAAUAUCUUGCGAAGUUGGAAACAGAGUUGGGAUCGUGCAGUGGGUGAAAGAUGGCUUCGCCUAUGUCAUACAAUCGAAUGGAGAAAUCGUGGGGCAUCCGCGAUUGAGAUUAAUAGGCGAUCAGAGCACAGGAGUUUACAAUCUUCAGAUCACGCAGGCUUCUUUGACCGACGAUGGGGAAUAUCAGUGCCAAGUUGGACCAUAUUUGCGCAUCAAAUCGAUCCGUGCCAACGCUCAUCUCACCGUCAUCUCGCCGCCGCAGAAAGUGGAGAUCAGCAAUCAUCCGAACAAGAAGAAAAUCGAGGUGAAGGUCGGGGAAUCCCGUCGUUUGGAAUGUGUGGUGCGAUCUGCGAAACCUGCGGCCACGAUUACGUGGUAUCGUGGAAACAUUCAGAUCAAAGGGGGCGAAACGUCGAUUACACCGAUUUCCAUCGAGGGUGACAAAGAAGUACAAAAGCCAGGUGAGAACAAGAAGGAAUUGCUCAAGUACGACACCCAUGGUUCCAUCGUCAUUGUUCCUACUGCUGAUGACAACGACAUGGAUUAUACUUGCGAAGCUAAUCACCCUGCAUUACCCUACAGUAUGCCUUUAAGAGCAACCAUCAAACUUUCUGUUUUCUAUCCACCCACCAUGCCGUAUAUCGAAGGUUACACCGAGGGUGAGACGGUGAAACGUGGACAACAAUUGGAUCUGACCUGUCGAUCUCGCGGAGGGAACCCACCUCCCCAAAUAUUCUGGUACAAGAACAACGAAAGGAUCUCGUCACCCUACAGAAACGAGGGCCACUUCUCUGAGAACGUGUUGUCCAUUACUGCAAAAGCGCAGGACAAUAACGCGAGAUACAGAUGCGAGGUAUUCAAUAUCAUGAGCGUGGAACCUUUAAAAGUGCACGUGGAUCUGACUGUACUUUUCGCGCCAUCCGGAGUGACGAUCACCGGGCCAACAGAAGCGAAGGCCGACGAACAAGUGGUGAUCACCUGCACCACGGAGAACUCGAAUCCUCCCGCGGAUAUCAAGUGGACAGUGGACGGUCACAAUUUCGAGAGCAACGCCUCUAGAACCGAGCCAGCUCCCGAAGGGGGUUGGAUCACCACGUCCAACGUGACGUUCAACAUAAAUCGCACCAGUCGCAGUAUAGUCGUGAUAUGCGACGCGUCUAAUGUGAAACUGACCGAGAACGUCGUCAGAACCCACACCAUAACCGUGAUUUAUCCACCGUCGAAACUUAGUAUCACCGGUUACGAGGAAGGAACGACGAUUGACGCAGGAACGGUGCUGAGAUUGUUGUGCACCGCAACUUCCGGAAAUCCACUCGCCACGUUGAGUUGGUACAAGAACGACAGAAAGGUACCGGGAACCACGAGAACGCGAGACCAUGCGGUUUCAAGCGAGUUAACGAUACUCAUAAAUGCAUCUGACAAUAACGCGCGCAUACGAUGCGAGGCAGCGAAUUCCGCAACACAAAUUCCCCUGCUCAAAGUGCUCGUCCUGAAAGUUAACUUUCCGCCUGAUAAAGUCAAGAUCACCCGUGAGCCACAGAAUCUGCACGCAGGCCAAGAGGGUCAUAUCAUUUGCGAAUCGAGCAGCAGUAAUCCGGCGGCGGAGAUGUCGUGGUGGAAGGGCGGGAUCCCGGUUCAAGGUACCAAAAAUGGCACUAAGCCCGGCUUACAUGGGGGAUUUCUAUCGUUCGUCGAGCUCUCGUUGGACGUAACGGAAGAAAUGAAUGGAGAAGUGUAUACGUGUCAAGCGAGAAACAAUCAAAUGGACAGGUCCAUUCACGACGCUACUACGCUCGACGUAUUGUAUAAACCGAUAUUCUCCUCAAUCGAGCCUUACGAGUUAAUUGGAAUGGAAAGCGAACCUUUCGUGAUUUCCGUUUCAGCUAUGGGAAAUCCUAACGAGAUAAGUUACACGUGGACUAGAGAUGGUUUACCUCUGGUCAGUAAUAACAGAAGAAUAUCUGUUCGUGCUUCCACGUUAAAUAUCACUAAACUGGAUCGUCACGAUGCCGGAACUUAUAUCUGUGAGGCCACCAACGAAGAAGGCACGACAUUUUAUCAAUUGAACUUAACUGUUCAAUAUUCAGCGAAGAUUAAACGCACCUCAACUUCGGGGAUAGUAUAUUCUCCUGGAAUCGAAGCGAAAUUGUUCUGCGAAGUGGACGGUAGUCCCAUAGGAGACGAAUACGUCACGUGGCAGAAAGUUGGCUCAAACUCGGAACUCUCCGGCCGAUAUUCCACCUCUUUCAUCAACAAAACUUCUUAUCUGCACAUCGAGAACCCUGAUCAAGAAGAUGUUGGAGAAUAUCAAUGCAAAGUUAACAAUGGAAUCGGCAACGUCACCUCUGAACCUAUUCUUUUCAUCACAAACUUCAAACCACAAAUGAUGAAUACACCAUUGACGAGAAGAGCAGCAGCAAACAAAGGAGCAAACGUUCAAUUGUUAUGCAAAGCAAGAGGCUCGCCUUUACCUCGAUUCUCUUGGACAUUUAAUGGAAAAACAUUGCUUCCUAAUGUCACAGAACAUAAAUACGGAAUUACGCACACUGAUUUAAGCGAAUUAAUUUCCAAUUCGACGUUGACCAUUUUCCGUGUGGCAUCGCACGAUUACGGGAAAUACGAGUGUCGUGCAACGAACAAAAUGGGUCAGUCGACGGAUAUGAUACAUCUAGAUGUGACGUCGCCGCCGGACAAACCUAGCGAUCUUGAGGUGUUCAACGUCACCCACGAUUCUGUCACACUAGUGUGGAAAAGAGGAUUCGAUGGUGGUUUGCCAACCUCGUAUCAGAUACGUUGGAGGCAGGCUCUCGAUUACGAGCAUCGAUACCACUAUCUGGAUGUAUCGGCAGGAGAAUAUAAAACCACGAUAACAGGAUUGUCCCUUGGGACGUACUAUGUGUUCAGCGUGAAAGCUAUCAAUGAGAAAGGGGACAGUGGCUUUCUACCUGACUUGGUUAAAGUUCAAACGCUCCGGCCGAAUAACGCUGAGAACCUGCCGGACGUUCUCUUGGAAAAGGGGGAUUUUACAAUGAAUUAUAUCUAUACGUUUGCAGCAACCUCCCUCAUCUUUUUUAUCAUUAAUAUCUUCAUCAUCGUGUUGUGGUACAUUAUGAGAAAGCGAAAUAAAUCUCGAAUAAACAAAUCGCAAACAGCGGAUAUGUAUGCGCCAUCAACCGUGAAUGGAGACACCAUGACCGGCGAAUUAAGUUCGGUAUCGGAUGAGAAGAGCGACGUUAACUUCGACACUAAUGAUUACGUGGACGAGGGACGAAAGACCGCAGCUAGCACGUAUUUGAUAGAUCAAACAAUGCAAGAUUUUGGAAAAGGCAAUAUGGAAAUGCAGGUACAUCAUCAAGGAACACUUGGUCGCCGUGGCAACCACAUUCAACCACCAAUAAGCAUGGAUUCACCGCCACAACGAACGACAGCCAGUGGAACACUUUCUGUUUCGAAGUCGAGUUACAUCGGAAACCCUAGUCCGGCACCGCCAAACGACGUAAACUUCUACAGUGUCGAGAUCGACAAUGGCCGUUACAUGGGAUAUGAAACGAAUCACAGUCCAGUGGUGGGUGAUCCAGGUUCAGGUAGUUAUUAUCCAUCCAUGAGUCCCACUGGACAUAUGCUUUCGAGUCAUGUGAGCAGCGGGACAGGCACGUUGACACGCAGCAGAACCUUACCACGUCCAGUCCCACCACCAGAUGUGACUGUGAUGACUGCUGGAUCGAAAUCACCGAUACCACCGUCGGUACCUCCACCACCUACUACGUUUGCUCGGUCGGUAUCCAGCAACGCGCACACUCACGGUCAUCCAUUGUCGACUUUCACUCCCACGCCAGCCUAUUCCGAUAUUGAUGGUCAUCUUGUCUGAGGAUCGCCAAUAUUCGGCCCUAGUUCGGUGCGUGGAAAAUAUCGUGCCGUACCGAGGGACGAGACUAUCAUCGUGACAGAAAGAACCACCCGGCUCUAAUAUACAUCUUGAUCUGUGGCUGUCGAAUCAUGGAAUUUUUUUACGAAUCUUCGGCCUUCGUUCGUCGUUUUCGACAUCUCACUGAGCUAUAUGUCAGUUUGAUAUCGUUCGAGAACGUGAAACAGAAUUUUUUUGAUGAAAUUGUGCGAUCAUAAAGAGUUUUGUGUGGGUGCUUCGAUGACUUUCUCAUACACAUUAUCCUCCUUGAACAUAAAAGAAAGUAACGGAAGUAUGUAAAUAGAAACAAAGGAAAAGAGGAACCGAUGUUGCGGUUUCUAUACGUAAUUUUUAAGUAGCAUGCGGUAACACCGUUUGCGAUAUGCAAUAUGCAUUCCUUAUAUGCUGAUUUUAUUGGUUUUUCCGCGGACAUAAUUAUCAAAUACGUACCUCGACUUGGAUCUUAUGAUAGAUCAUAUAAUUACGUUUUUCGCAUAUCACAUUUUAAGAAAAACGAUUGAUACUUGUGAACAACCCAUUGGAAUCAACUCUGAAGAUAUUUUCGUGAUAUCACAGUUAGCAUGCUAUCAGUGAUUUAUUCAAUUUGUUUUUACUAUUUCUUUCUGUGGUUUUUGAUUGCGCUUAUUUACGCACUUUUACUUAAUUGUGACGACUUCAUAGUGAUGUAAAGACUUACAUGAUCCAUCGUGUGAAUUAAAUGGAAAUCGACGAAUUUGUGGAUGGAAGAAACUCAUCUGAGAAUGUUCAUUCUAGUGAGCACAAAGAUAUGAUCAGGUUAAGUUGCAUUUUGCUGAGUUAAUAUCAUUAAAUGAUAAACUCAUGCGAUCCAACUGAUAAAUUAGAUUGUAAAUUAGAAAAAAAGAUAUAAUAAUGAAACGAAAUAUCAGGGAAAUUCGCGAGCCGUAACAAUAUAUAACAAUUUAAAAAUUUUUUUUAGAAAUAUGUUAUACUUAUAAUAUAUUCGAUCGAUGGCGCUUUUGAAAGUCGAAUUUUAAAUCUCGAUUUUAAAUCGAUAAUAUUAUCGAAAUUCUAUCGAUGCUACUACUCUCGAUAUCAUUAUGUAAUAAUGCCAAAUGAUUUUUUCACUUUUUUUUUUCUUUCCUCUUUUUUUAUGAAUGACCGUCCGUUUUGAAGUUAGUUAAUAAAAUAUUAAUAAAAUAUUGGCGAACAUAUUCAUGUUUGAAAUUUUAAAGAGGAAACGAGACAAUCGUUUUACAUAGGGAAAGAAUUGACAACUGAUUUGUAAUCAGUAUAUAUUACUGAUUUUUUUCUUUUCUUUCCCUUUUGCUCAUUACAAAACGCGUUCUCUGUGUUAGAUUGAACAAUUUUUUCAAGCAAAAAAGUGAUAUGUGAGAUAAACAGAAGCUAUUUGUGAAAAAUGAUCUAUCGGUGACAGUCAAUGUGAUCAAAACGUUUAUGAAAAAUGUUUGAUAGGUAUUAAAAUAGUAGAAGAUAUUUAGAUAAGAAAAUUCUAAAACAAUGGACGCGAUAUAAAAGUGAUUUUACUUUCUUACUUUGAUAGAUCAAUAUUUUGUUCCAUAUAUUAGAGACAUGAUUCCCGCGCUUUUUGAGGUUAAGAGGGUAAUCAAGCAAAUUUUCUAUAAAAUUCAAUUUUACAAAAGCAGAUUCGAUUCAAAAUUUAUAAAAAACAUGUUUUCUUCGUACACUAUUAAAAAAUUAUAUGUAUAUAGAUAUGAACAUGUUUGCAUAUCAUAAUUUUUUUAAUUGUUUAUUUUUUAUUUGUUUUGUGACUCGUAAUUUCGUAAUUUUCUAUGAAUAUUAUUAAAUGAUCGUUUUAUUUUUUAAAACGUUGAAUUUUAAUAUAUACGUAUAAAAUAUUACGUAUAAAAUUUACGGAAUUUCCACUGCCGAAUCCUAAAGUCAAUACUAAUACGAAUAGUUUAAUUAAUUAAUUGUCGUGAAACGCAUUUGUAUGAACGCUUUGUUCAUGUCAUUAUUGUUACGGGAAUUGGCGCGAAAUAAAAUAGCAAAUAUAAAGCGUUAAUUCUAUUUUAUGCGUUCGAUAAAAAAAUGUUUUUGCUAUUAAAAUGAUUGAUAUUUCGUUAAAUAAGAUUUAGUUAUCAAACUCAAUAUAUUACAAUUAUGCACGAUAAAUAUGAACGAAUAAUAAGAAUAUUUAUAAAGUAAACAGUUUUCACGUGAUAUCCAAUGAGUGCUGAUUUUGUUUUCUAUCUUUUAUGUAUAGUUUUAUUACUUCGAUUAACAAAAUCGGCACAAUCAGGGAAUAGAAAAUAAAUGAUUAUUAACAAUUUAUUAUUACGCGGUACGAUACAUACGACGUUUAUAAUUAAAUUACAAGAAAUAUGCCAAAUAUUUACAAAUAUUGUUAAUUGUCGUUUAAGAAUGAUAUUUUGUAAAAAUAGCUAGUAAGUAAUUUUUUUGUUUUAACUAUGAUAUUACAAUAUAACUUCACUGCCUAAUUUUUAUUUUUGUACCGCGAAUACGAAUUUUUUUAUACUAAUUGAUAUAAGACUUAGCAUCACGUGAAAACAGUUAACUUAUUAACAAAAAAAAAAGACAGUCGCUUAAUAUUAUUUUUUCAAAAUGGCAAUAGCUUCAAGCCACCUAUAUAUAUAUAUUCAAGUAAAAAGUAUAAUAUCGCAACGAAAUGAUACGAUAUUUAUUAAAAAGAAUCACAACAAUAUAAAAAAAAAAUGUAAUCAACAUAAUCAGUGAAAUCUAUUAUAUAUGCAACAGAAAUUAAAAAAAAAAAAAGAAGUAGGAAAGACAAAAACAAAAAGAAAAGAAAUAAAAGUGAGUGUCUUGGAGUAGUGAUAUCUUCAAAAAAGACAAUAGUACAUAAGUUUAAUUAUACGAAUAUGAGUUUAGUUAAGAGUAAACUAUUUCCCUGGCACAGCCAAGUUAGAAGUUGCAUUUUUGCAUAAAAGGACUUUAUGCAAAACGAUAAGACAGAAAACGUAGUUCGACUAAAUGUUUAUACAUAUAUAUUUUUGCAUUUAUUUCCAUUAAAAAUUGAUUAUCCUUGUAAAUAGUGCGAUAUGUCUCAGCGUUUCACACACUCCAGAAAAAAACAAGUAAUUAAAGAAAAUGGAUCAUAUGAGGGUCUCACUUUACCUAAGCUAUAAUGAAAUAUUGUAUAGGAUUAUUACGCGCUAGGCCACAUAUUAUAUCUGGAAGAAAACAAAAAAAGAAUUAUUCCAGUUAUCGGACGAGACAGCGUCUUUCCGUUUAUCGAAAGCCUAAGUAGUCCACAUAUAUUUUUGAAAAGAAAGAAAAAAAAAGAAAUACAAAAAGACACCGUAUAUGUUUGGCCUAUUGUAAGAAAGAGUCUCGCGAACACACGAUGACGCGUGAAGCGCCACGAGCGACGAAAGCUCGUAUUAAAAAUUGGUCGACGAGGUGUGAGUUUCGUUCAACUUCCAUGAAAGAAAAAUCAUGAUCGAUACGCGCCCAUUUCUUUCAACAAAUUUGUAUAUCGAAAUAACGAGAACAGAAAAGGAAUAAAUUAAAAAGAACGAAUCUAUGUUUGCAAUGUUCAAUAUAAUCAACAAAAGAUGACGUUGAGAAAUCUACGCACGACCCUGGUAACUAUCAUGCUUCUAAUUUGGCUCGCGUAUCGUACGAAUGUAAGUUAAGGAAUACGUAAUAAGUAAGAUUGCUCCAAAAAUACACAGAAAUGCAGCAUCAUUCGCAUAUCCACAUUCAACACAUACACUUCACAUCUAUGCGAGAAAUCACUUUGGAUUAAAUCCACGUAAAUGUAAUACGAGAAUCACUGCGUAGAUAUGUAUAUUCUGAGCAAUCAUACUUAUCGAUAGAGUCUCGAAAGGAUCGAGCGUGAACGAUAGUAUCGAUAAUCGAUUGCAUCCUACACUAUUUUCAUUCUAUUGCAAUCAUUGAUCGAGCUAUCGGUUCGUGCGAGAAUCGAUCGGGUCUGCUAUGUUUGUAAAGUAUUCUUGAAUAAACACGUAACAUAAAAAGAAACGAAAGAAUGAACUUGCACGCGCGGUAAAAGGAAAGACAAGGAAAUCUUAAGAAUGUCGUUCACAUUGUAUACUUUUUCGCGCCGUUGUCAUGUGUGUUUUAUGCUUGAGAACUGUUUGAAAGUUUUACGAAUAUAACGUUUUCGUAGCAUGCGCUAUUGUUAUUUCAUUAAUCAAGAAGGACACUGAUUUGUUACGGUAGAUUCUAUAAAGCUUAAAAAAAAAAAAGAAACGUGUAUUGUUAACCGCUGCUGUUGUGUAUGGAGCCGCAUCGUUCGGCUUAGACUGAUGAUAAAAUUCACGUAUGCUCAAUUAGAGAUCAUGUUUGCGCAUAAUUAAGAAUUCUAUUUACAUAUACAUGUUUUAUAUUUGUAAUUAAUGAAAAUCAUCUAUACUUAAUAUUACCUGAUAUUAUUAGAUUAUGUAAUCUCCAAAGUAUUUGCUCAUCAAAGUGCUAGGCAAGUUAGACGGACCGAUAUUCGUCCAAAAUGGUACCUUGGAGAUGGACAUACCAUCUAACAGUACGAUAUUUGAUAUUUUACACAAUAAUUAAUAAUUUCGUUGAUUAUUCUAAGACAUAGUCAAUCCUAAUUAUACAAUCAUUAAGAUACGAGAAUAUAUAUAUAUAUAUAUAUAAAUUAACCGUUUUACAUGUAUAUAAUGUACAUAUACAAAACUUAGAUAGACAAGAACAAAAAAGGAAAAAGAAAUGAAAUGCAUAACGAAUUAAUAUCAAAUUUAAAGAAACGAUCGAGAGCUUUCGUAACUAGGUAAAUAUUCAUAUUAACUUUUGAUGGUUUUUCUUGGUAUUCGUUUUUUCUAUUUUUUCCUCUUUUAGAAAACAACAGAGAAAAAAACGAAUAUAAAAGAAAGAAGAAUAAUUCUCUCGCCGACGAUACUAUUAUGAUUGUACGUGUCGUUCUAUGUUUUGUAUCUGAAGGCGCUGCACAAAGAACGACAUAAAGUUGCGACAAAACUAUGAAUAUACAAUAAAUCGCCGAAAGUGACGUGACGAAUUUUACCGUGACGAACUUAUCCGUUCCAAAUUACCAUUUCCGUACAAGAGGCGAAGACUGGUUAUAAAUACAUGAGCCGUUGUUUGUCAUUUUUUGAUGCUUCGAACGACUCGAUUUUGUAUUCGAUUUCGAUUAUUCGUUAGAACAAAAUACAUUUUCAAUUAAGAUACUCUUCGAUCUCUUCGAUAAUCGAUUGUUGCGUUUCAUUACAAAUCGACAGGCAAAAAAUCUCGCGCUCAAAAUAAAAAAUGAGCGAUCGCUUUGGGAAAUAUAUUAUUUUGCAUUAUAAUUAUUCGAUAGCUUUUUAAACUAAACGAAAUUAGCAUAUUUAUUAAAUAUUCUAUAGAAAUUAUUUUGAAUUUUGCGCUUUUACAAAUAAAAUAAUAAUGCAAAAACAUAAAAUUGGAAAAAACAUAAUUGGGCAUUCACAUAAGAAAAAUAAAUAAAUUUAUUGUCUCAAAGCAGAUUUCUUGCGCGUCAAAUGAAGAAAAAGACAAAUUUAUCGCGAUAUAUCGAGCGAUACUGAUAAACGAUAAAUCGUUAAGCGUAUCAUCAGAUAUAUAUUGCUUCCGUUUGUGUGCCAAUAAAGAAAAAUCGACAUUCUUGAUGUAUAAAUAUAUGAAACUUAAAUGAGAACGAUAUUAUUGUUACGCGGGCCGCUGUUACGGCUAAUUUUUUCUGAUCAGAAUUUACGAUGCAAUGUAAUUCUUUGGAGCAAUCAUCGCUGUUUAUAAGUACAACCGAUAAAAAUUACUGAAGAGGGAAAAAAGAAGCUCUCCGAUAAAAGAAAAAAAUAAAAAAAAAAAAAAAAGAAAAAGAAAAAAAGAAAAAAAUGAAUAAGAGAGACAGACGGGAAGAAAAAAAAUCGUGUAAUAUAAACUAAGCUACCGAGCAAUUGGUAUGCAUUAAUUACUUGUAUAUAUACAUAGUAUUUUUACAUUCUAAUUCUAAAUUACAUUUCCAAUUCUAAAUGGUAAUAACAUUACUCUGUGAGCUUCGCUUGUCAUUUGUGUAAAUCGUCGAUGAUAUUUCUUUUAUAUUUGUUCGAUUUAAAAAAUAGAAAAGCUAACGCGAAUGUUAUGAACGUUACGCGGCAAACGUUAUACCUUUUCUUGUGCUUAUUUUAUUGCACCCUCUUGCACAAGAUUCAAUACACGCCUCGUGCCUUCAUCGCACUUAAAUUAAUUGAUUAGAAUGUAUAAGGUUAUGGUCGUACGUGUAAUGUUCCUAGUCGUGAUUAUUCGUGGGAAAAAUUAUUUGCUAUUUUAUGGCAGAUAUUUGUAUUUUUAUCAUAAUUGCAUUAACUUGUACAGGCCACAUCCAUAUCUAUAAUUGAUCAAGAUAUAAAGUGACAUUUCGUUUGAUACGAAACAUAAAAAAUUAAUAUUCCGCGAAUAUUUUCGUAAAUGUGACAUCCCACGUGGCCAUAAACCAAUUAGGAUGACAAGAAGAAUAUUUCAUUGGGCACGUCGUGUUACGAUGUAUUCGAUGUUUGUACGUGUAAUUUGACUUCUAUUUCACUUAUGCUCAUAGCGGAUGUGAUCGUAUCUUCUCGAAUACACUGUUAUACGACGUGCAAAAGCGAAGAAUAACAUUCACUGAGAUGUACUCGUGCACAUCUUUAGCCAUUAACAAGUUAAAACAUCGCCCCAUAUGGCUUAAAUGUUAGGUUUUUUCUACAAGAAAUCUUCGCCAAAAUUCGUCGUAUCGAAAUUCAUGUUUUCUAUUUUGUUUUUUACACAUAGAGACAGAGCGAAGCUCAACAUACUAGUCCUUACUUUAAAACCAAAGUAAAGAGAAAACAACAUUGUGUAGCUUUUAAGAAUCUCCAUUACGUAUUCACACCUGUGUGUCUAUACAAAAGGCAUAAUUAUAAUUAAAUAAUUCAAUCAUCGUAAUUAGGUAAAUGACUAACCGAUAAGCGAAUAGAUAAAGAAGAGAAUACAAUGGAUAAGCCACUCGUUAAAUGUAUCGUUUUAUUUUAAUUCAUUUUUUUACUACACAAUUAACAUUUUAUCUAGCAACUUUCGUCGGCUAGGAAUGUAAAUUCUGUAUCUGUAUAUUGUUUUCCUAUUUCAACUAUUAAAAGUGAUCGUCAACUUAAA